AUGUCUGUGUUCCGUGCUCAGGCACGUUUAGCAAUCUUAUUGUUCCUGAAUCCUACCAAAAACCUUCUAAGCUGGCCAGGACACAGUAUGUCUAGAACCAUUCAGUAUGUCCUUUACUUUAACUACCUGAAACCAUACCUUCCAUUUUUCCAGCUGAUUAUCCAGCAUAGUCUAUUGAUCCUUGGUGGAAAAGCUAAGGUUCAGGAUGGUGCAGAACUGAAAUCAUCAUUUGAAAAAUGGCAGGAAAUGAUGUCUGACAAGAUCAAAACUCUUGAAAAGGUAGCACUAGAUGAGAAACCAUGGCAACUUACUGGAGAGGUUUUGGCACAGAAACGGCCUGAGAACAGCUUGCUUGAAGAAGAUUUAUCAUUUGACCAAGCAGCUGAAAUGGCUCCUGUUAUAACAGAAGAGACCACUCUUCAUCUUGAAGAUAUUAUUAAGCAAAGAAUUAAAGACCAGGUUUGGGAUGAUGUGGUGCGCAAAGAAAAGCCAAAGGAAGACACGUUUGAGUAUAAGAAGAGGCUAUCUUUGAAUCAUAAGAAGAGCAAGUUGAGUUUAGCAGAGGUGUACAAACAGGAAUAUCUAAAACAGAACCAGCAAAAAGCAGAGGAAGAAGAGAAUCCAGCUCAUACUGAAAUCCAGAAGCUAAUGGACUCUCUUUUUCUAAAACUUGAUGCACUUUCUAACUUCCACUUCGUACCAAAACCAGCUGCACAAGAAAUAAAAAUUGUUUCCAAUCUGCCAUCAAUUGCCAAGGAGGAGGUAGCACCAGUAAGCAUCAACAAUGCAACGCUGCUCACAACAGAAGAAAUUAAAGAAAAGAACAUAGCUGGAGAUAUCAAGGGUGAAACUGAAAAAUCUGCCACAGACAAAAAGAGGGAGAGGCGAAAGAAAAAACUUCAGAAAAAGUUCAGGCUGCGGGAGAAAGCGAAACGGCUGAAACUUAAAGAGAAGAAAAAUGAAGGAAAGAAUGUAAAAUAUUCACAAAAAGAAGCUGACCAAAAGCUGAAGAAACUGGCUAAAGAAGGCACUGCCACUUUGCUUAAGGAUGAUGGAAAGGACAAAGCUUUGCGCUCUUCACAAGCAUUCUUCUCUGUGCUGCAAGACCAGGUAAAAAUGCAAAUCAAAGGAGCCAAAAAUGAAAAGAAGAAGAAAGAAGUGUCUGCUGUCAAAUUAAAACUGUAAUAUAGGAUAUCUUACUUUUGUACAGAACGAUAUUUUGAACUUUUUAUGUAUGUGCCUUUGUACAUCUUCACGUGUUAAAUAAAAUGUUUGU